AUGGAUAAACAAAAUGAUAUUAAUUUAACUACAACUGAUAAUACAAGACCAAUAAUUCUAUCACCUCCAUUAUUAGAUCGACAUCAAUUACAAAAUAGUCAUACUCAAUUUCCAUUUAUUAAUCAAGAUAAUUCAAACUUAGAUCCAUCACGCCAUACGUCAAGACAACAAAGUGUUGGUUUCAAUUUACAACAUGAAUUUGAAACAUUGACUGCUGAUUUAGAUUUAGAUUUAAAAAAUCAAUUAAAACAAAAUGAAACUCAACAUUCACAAUCACAAUCUCAGCCUAAUCCAAGUUUGCUAGCUCCUUCAGCUUCAAAAUUCACAACUGGUACAGCUGAUUUACUAGGUAAUAAUACUUUAUCUCCUAAUCCAACAUCAUCAUUUCAUAAACCUCAAUUAUCUAAUUUAUUAGAUUCUAGAACUGAACAAUUUUUAAAUCAUCAAGUAUCCCCAAUGGCUUCAAUUCCAAAUAGACCACAAUCAGUUAAUGAUUUUAAUAACGUAUUUAAUUACGGUCAACAACCACACCAAACUCAAUCACAACCAUUACCACAAUCUAAUUUUUAUCUGGAUUUAUUAAUAUUUAGCAACUGGAUUGAAAAUUUAAAUCCACAAGAUAAUUUAAUUAUGAUUGAUUAUUUAUGUCAAAACCUUCCAUUGGAUAUCUUAUUAACUUUUAAAUCAAAAUUGGAUCAAUAUUUACAAACUGGAAAAAGACCACAACAACAACAACAAUCAAUUUAUUCCUCAAAUAGCAAUAUGUAUCCCCAGGAGUUAUAUACGGAUAUGGAACAAUUAAAUAUCAACAGAAAGCAGCCUCAACAGUUUAAGAACCCUUAUUUAAUGGAUAAAUUUUCAAGACCAAAGUCUGCGGAUCCAUUUUUUCAACAACAACAACAAUUUAAUCUCGAUAGAGCAAAAUCUCCAACAUCACAUUUAUACGAAAAGACUAGUUUCUUACAACUAGCAGCUAAUAAUGGUCAAUACAAUCAUAGUCAUAACUUAAAUCAUCAGGAUGAUUCAGUUAAUGCAAUGAAAUUAGGAGCAUUACAAACGAUAAAUUCAAGAGUUGCUUUAGAUUCGAAUAGAAAGCAUCCAUAUCAACCGCAACAAGCAGACAUAAAUAGAUCAUUGAAUUCAUCAUCUGUUCCUGCAUCAAUACAGAGAAGUCCAUUCAAUAAGAAAAGUAAUAAAAAAUCUCCAAUUUCAAGUCCAACUCCUACUUCAGCUACUUCAACCACGAGUAUUAGUUCUAUGACAAAUUCCUCGAUGCCUUUGGAAAUUACAAAUAUCGAAUUGUUGAAUAAUAUACCUGCCUGGUUAAAAGUACUUAGGUUACAUAAGUAUACUGAUUGUCUUAAAGAUAUUCCUUGGAAUGAAUUGAUUGAAUUGAAUAAUGAUGAGUUGGAAAGUAAAGGUGUUAGUGCAUUAGGUGCCAGGAGGAAAUUGUUAAAAGCAUUUGGUAUUGUGAAAGGUAAAGAUGUGAGUCUGUAA